AUGUGGUGUUUCGGAUUCCCAUUUGUGGCUGUCUACGGCGACUAUUACGUUGUGGGCAGUACUCCUUUGCGACACUAUCUCUGGGAAAUCGACAAGAAGCCAGGACACUAUGCAUUGAAACACGGCGGCUUUCACUUUGGCGAAGUCGUGGUCUCCCCAACGAUGUUAAGAGAAACACACCGGAUCGCAGCUUUCAAAUUGACUAUGAAAACUACGACUGUGGGAGAUUCAUCAAUGCUCCCGAUGUGCGAGGUGACACCUCGCAAAACAUUCUCAUGCCCAGUCGCGCAGGAAUUCGCUGACAAACCCAAUGACAUCGAUAAUGUCGAAUGGAACAAACUCAAAGAAAUUCCCUACGCGAAAGCGACCGCUACCGAAUUCAACAAUAGGGAAUAA